AAAUGUGGGAAUUUGGGGAUCGGGAGGAGGUGAAGCUGGAAAGCUCCGGAAAAUAGGCCGGAGUGCCUACUUAAGAUUUUAUUUAUUUGUCAGAGAGAGCGCGUCUGCACGCACAAGCAGGAGGGGUCCAGAUAACCAUGUCAGCUGCAGCUGUGGAUGCAGUUAAUGCGGCCCCCCUGUCGGGGUCCAAAGAAAUGAGUCUGGAGGAACCAAAGAAGAUGACCAGAGAGGACUGGAGAAAGAAGAAGGAGCUAGAAGAACAGCGAAAACUGGGUAAUGCUCCAGCAGAAGUUGAUGAAGAAGGAAAAGACAUCAACCCUCAUAUACCUCAGUAUAUUUCUUCAGUGCCAUGGUAUAUUGAUCCAUCAAAAAGACCUACUUUAAAGCACCAGAGACCACAACCAGAGAAACAAAAGCAGUACAGCUCAUCUGGAGAAUGGUACAAGAGGGGUGUAAAAGAGAAUUCCAUAACUACUAAGUACCGCAAGGGAGCAUGUGAAAAUUGUGGGGCCAUGACACACAAAAAGAAAGACUGCUUUGAGAGACCUAGGCGAGUUGGAGCAAAAUUUACAGGUACUAAUAUAGCUCCAGAUGAACAUGUCCAGCCUCAGCUGAUGUUUGACUAUGAUGGGAAGAGGGAUCGGUGGAAUGGCUACAAUCCAGAGGAACACAUGAAAAUUGUGGAAGAAUAUGCCAAAGUUGAUCUGGCAAAACGAACACUGAAAGCCCAGAAACUCCAAGAAGAAUUAGCCUCAGGAAAAUUAGUGGAACAGGCUAAUUCUCCAAAACACCAGUGGGGAGAAGAGGAACCAAACUCUCAGACGGAAAAAGAUCAUAAUAGUGAAGAUGAGGAUGAAGAUAAAUAUGCAGAUGAUAUUGACAUGCCUGGACAGAACUUUGACUCUAAGAGACGAAUUACUGUCCGGAAUCUCAGGAUUCGAGAAGAUAUUGCAAAAUAUUUGCGGAAUUUAGAUCCAAAUUCUGCUUACUAUGAUCCCAAAACUAGAGCGAUGAGAGAGAAUCCCUAUGCCAACGCAGGAAAGAAUCCAGAUGAAGUGAGCUAUGCAGGGGAUAACUUCGUUAGAUACACAGGAGAUACCAUUUCCAUGGCUCAGACACAGCUGUUUGCUUGGGAAGCCUAUGACAAGGGAUCUGAAGUGCAUCUGCAGGCUGAUCCUACAAAACUAGAGCUGUUGUACAAGUCCUUCAAAGUCAAAAAAGAAGACUUCAAAGAACAGCAGAAAGAGAGCAUCUUGGAAAAGUAUGGUGGCCAAGAACACUUGGAUGCCCCUCCAGCUGAAUUGCUUUUAGCUCAGACUGAAGAUUAUGUGGAGUAUUCAAGGCAUGGGACAGUCAUCAAAGGACAGGAGCGGGCUGUCGCCUGCUCUAAAUAUGAGGAGGACGUGAAGAUCCACAAUCACACACAUAUCUGGGGAUCUUACUGGAAAGAAGGCCGAUGGGGAUACAAAUGCUGUCACUCUUUUUUCAAGUAUUCCUAUUGCACUGGAGAAGCCGGCAAGGAGAUUGCUAAUUCAGAGGAAUGUAUUAUAAAUGAUAUAACCGGAGAAGAAUCUGUGAAAAAACCUCAGACCCUCAUGGAGAUGCAUCAGGAAAAACUAAAAGAAGAUAAGAAGAAGAAGAAGAAGAAGAAAAAGAAGCAUCGAAAGAGCAGUUCAGAUAGUGAUGAUGAAGAAAAGAAACACGAAAAAUUGAAAAAGGCACUGAAUGCAGAGGAGGCCCGCCUUCUUCAUGUCAAGGAGAUCAUGCAGAUUGAUGAGAGGAAGCGGCCUUACAAUAGCAUAUAUGAAACUCGGGAACCCACUGAAGAGGAAAUGGAGGCCUAUAGAAUGAAACGUCAGAGACCAGAUGACCCCAUGGCUUCCUUCCUUGGGCAGUAGUAACUAGUUAUAGACAGUCACCCAAGGUAGACACAGCUGAUACAUUGUUUUCAGCUUCUCGCUGAUGAUUGUAGGUGGAAAAACCCUUGCUGCCUACUUUAAUAAAGACUCCGGAAGUCUCAUA